GGUUCCGGAAGAGACUGUGUGUUUACACAAUGCAGGUGUAGUUUUUGCUCAGGACUUCUUGUAGCUUCAGCUUUAGUGACCGUGAUAUUAGCUGACAUAUGUUUCACAGUUUCCACCGCUCUGUUUCAGGCCGCACAGAGCGAUGGGAAAUGCAGAGAGUGCCGUAGUGCACAAACGGCUGGUCCGCUUUCGCCCACAUGAGAGACCCGUUAUCGAAGGGGUCUUUGACAGACUCCAGAGUGCGAGCUCCUCUUGCUCCUCUGCUAGUUCGGGAAAAAAUCCCGCAGGGAAGGUUUUGCUCUUGGACACGCUCAAGGUAACCAUGGGUAAAAUGGUCUCAGACGUGAUGAUUAGGAGAGUCUUUGAAGGAAUGUGUAGUGUUGACCCCGGAGUGUCACUGCCUCCUGGUGGUGGGGCAAGUCGAGAGCAGCUGGUGAUCUUCCUGGCAGAUGCUCUUCGGGGAACAGCAGAGGAGCGGGCACCACUUGUCAUGGCAAUGGCACAUGGGACAAAGGGAACUGCUUCCCCUGAUCAGAUUAGAGGGUUCUUGGAAGACUUGAUUGCAGCUGUGGUGCAGAUUCUCAUACAUAGGGGGCGACUUAGAGGCUGGCGACCAGAUCGCAUGGGUGAUGGUGACCAGGGAGUGAAGCUGCUGGCUGAGCAGUUGAGCUCAGAGUUAAAACCUUCAGCUCAGAACACAUGUGAUGUUGCCUGUCUAGAGGACUGGCUUUUCCGAGUCUCGGGAGUGGCCACAUUCCUGGAGCUCCUAAUUGGUGAGGGUCUCGAGGUUGGGCUGACCUCAUGUCCAUUGCCCAUUCUCUUGCCCCAGUGUCGAGACGCUCCAUGGAGUGAGCUCCGCUGUUUGCUGGAUCUACCUCUUCUUAUGUUCCUGAGCCCUCAGAUGCCUGCAGGAUACGGAGCUCAGUGGAGGUUGCUGUUCUCCACAAAUAUACACGGGGAAAGCUUUACUCGCCUGGUUGGCAACUGCAAAAGCGGAGGCCCCACUGUCUUACUGGUGAAAGACACUAAGGGUCACAUAUUUGGUGGCUUUAUUUCUCACAGCUGGGAGAUCAAACCUCAAUUUCAGGGUGACUCCAGGUGCUUCCUCUUCUCUGUGUUCCCAUCUAUGCAUAUAUUCACAAGCACAGGCUACAACCAGCACUACAUGUACCUGAACCAGGGCCAGCAGACCAUGCCGAACGGUCUGGGUAUGGGUGGACAACACGGCUACUUUGGCCUGUGGCUGGACUAUGAUUUUGGUCGUGGUCACAGUCGGGCUCGACCACGCUGCACCACGUAUGGUAGCCCUCAGCUCUCAGGAGAUGAGGACUUCACAGUAGACACAGUAGAGGUGUGGGGGGUUGGUCUGCCCCCUGAGGAACAGGAACAGGAUGAGAAUAAGAGGAGCGUUCUGGAUAUGGAUCCUGAGGUGCAGGCCAUUAUGGAGAUGACUGGAAAAACUCUGUACAGCCAAGGCCUCAGAGAGCCAGACGACGAUGAGGGAUGAGAAGAAGAGGAUGAACAGUCCAGAGAAUGGAUGAAUUCUUUCAACACAGAAAGGAUAACAAACCUGCACUGCUGCUUUUAAAUGGACAUUUUAGUGGUCAGAAAACAUGGGGUCUUUUUUUUUUUUUUUUUUUGGUCUUUUUGCAAAAUUUAAUCAAGUGAUGUGUGACCAUGUUCCAGAAAAAGUGCAAAACUCAAUUCAACUGUACUACUUAGGCAUGGGUGAAGGUGUCAUGUUGAUCUACAGAUGAGUGGAGCUGGAUUCCUACUGUGUGAAGCACUAUAGGAUCUGUGGAAGACUUUCUAAGAAAUUGUGACGUACUGAGAAGUUACUGACUAAUGAUAAACAUGUAAAAAGAUUGCACUCUUUAAUGGAUAUAGAUAUUCAAAAGUAUUUAAACGCAUACUUCUACAAAGCAGUGUUACAAUUUCCGUGUGAAGAAGUGUUUUAUUGAUUAAAAGAGAAAUGAUCUGAUGAA